AUGGUUUUGCAUAAUUCUAAAUGGGACAAAAAGGCUACAAAAAACUACUAUCGGAAGCAUAACAUUAAACCCCCUCUUCCAAAGCAUUUAAGAGAUAAAACACAAAAGGAUGAUGCUGAAAACAGCAGCUCGAGUGACGAAGACAUUAGUGGGAAGGAAUACAGUGAUGCAGAACAUCACGAGACAAGAAAAGAAGAAUCUUCCAGUGAAGAUGAAAAAAGCUCUGAAGAGACCGAGGAGAAGCCAAUAGAUGAGUUUGGUGACAAGACUAAAACGGGAUCAACGACGCUUGCCAAAGUUGUGAUUGAUGCGGCUGGGCUGACAGAGGAAGACAUUGCGAGAAUGAAGAGUGGCCGCAAGAAGAAGCCUGGAUCUAAUGCAUGGCGAUACAGCAGGAAGAACAAACAAGGUUACAGCAAGGAUGAUUCUGUUGCAGAGUUGUUGGCUGUACAAGAGCGAAAUCCUCAGCUUAAGUACGAUCCGGAGUUUCAGGAAGUUCUCAAGGCGCGGCAGGAAGAAGAGGUUUUUGAAGAAGACCAAUUGCGAUUAGCAAGAGAUAUUACAACUAAAAAGGCUGUUGAAGAAGAGGAGCGACUGCGGCGAGAGGAAGAUGAGGAAGAGGAGCGCGAGGCUCGUGAAGAAGAAGAAGCAUUGGAGCGAUUGCGUCAGGAACGUCAUGAGAGAGAGCUACGUGGAGAGACCAAGACUUAUACACUUGCAGAGCUAGAAGAUUCCGAUGAUGAAGAUACCAAGAGUCGUUGGCAAAAGGGGAAAUGGACAGAAGAGAAGCCAGAAGACACACCUAAAAAGAGCAAUGUGAAGAAGCUUAAGGAUACUUCAGAGUAUUAUUCUAUUCAACGAGAAAUUGAUAAAGCAGCAACAGAAGCUGCGAUUAAAAAACGGUUUGCAGGUGGCAGCAAAGGCAGUGGUAUUGGCACUGCUAGCCACCUUACGGGAAAGACUGGUGCUGGGACAGGCAGAGUGUUGGAUAUAACCGGGCGUAAGGACAAGGGUGACGAUGAGCGGUUAAAACAAUUUGUAAAAGACGAGAAGAGACACGGUUCUAAAGCUGAAAAUGAGCGGUUACGUGGGGCAGGUUCAAAGUUUGUUUCAAAGGGAGAAGAAGAUAUUGAUUCGUUUUUGAACUCUUUAGAUUCUCUCAGCGUGACCGAUAAGAAAGAUCCAUUGGGUGCAGGUCCACAUUUAGAGUCAGAUUCGGAAAAGGAAUACAAGUUCAGUCUUAGUGGUAUACCUGGAUUGGACUCAGAUGAUGAUAAUGAUGAUGAUGGUAAGACACCCCCUAGGUUUAAACUACCGGUUACAGGUGGGGUCAACAAAGAUCAAGAGGCUUGGCUUGAUAACUUACUUGGGUAA